UCCUUAAAAUUGUUUGUUAAAAAGUUACCACCAUUAUCCAAUAAACAAGCACUUCAAAUAAGUUUAAUGAAGAUCAAUUAUUAAAUAAUAUAAUAUUAGUGUAAAAAAGCUUUAAUUUAAAACAAAAAAUAAAAUAAUAUAAAAUACAUAAAAAACAUAAAUAUUUAAAAAAAUAAUUUUAAUAAAAUACAACUAGAAGAUCAAUCAAAAUUCGUUAAGAAAACCUUUGUUUUUAAAAUUUGCAGAAAAAAAUACAAAUAAAAUUAACCAAGAAAAAGAAAAAAAAAAAAAAUUAAAACAAAUUAUGUUAAUAAAUAUUGUGCCUUAACAAAAAAAAUAAAAACCUAAAAUAAGCUUUUGCGUGAGUGUUUUUUGAUCAUAACAAUUUGUCGUCAUAUCAAACAACGUCGUCGUCACCAAAACGUCCAUAAAUACAACAACAACGUCUUCUCAUUUGUUCCUAUAAUACAAACACACACAUAAUCAAAAAACACAACCACAACGACGACGACAAACGAGAGGAUACGGUUGCGCCAAACAAUGUGCACAAAAAAAUGUUUUCGCAUGCCAACGUUAGUCAUAUUCGGUGUCAUUCUCACAAUCGUCUUAGUCUUCAUUACCGGCAUCACAUUAACAAACAGUAUUAAUAUUUCAAAUAUUGUUAAGCUGCGCGAAAAAGUUGCCAGUGAUUCAGCGGCGGCCAAUAGUGUCAAUGCAGCACAAACGAGAGCAGCUUUGGUGGAGCAACAGUAUUCGACAUUGCAACAGCAUCAUUUGUCACGAAGUGAUUUAAAUUAUAUAACAGCUAAUCAUCCAAAAAAUUUACAACGUUUCCUGCAAACGUCUCAAACUCAACAACAACAACCACAACAGCCAUCAGCACAGCCGCCGCCCCUGCAACAUUUGCCACCACCAGCUUCUCAACCAGCAGUUGGUGCGGCGGCAAACAGCAACAACAAUAAUAACAAUAAUAAAAUAAUAAUUGAAAUUGGCAUACGUAAUUUUACUGCAGCAGCUGCUGCCGCCGCUGUGGCAGCACAUCGAGAACAGCAACAACAAUUGCUACAAACAAAUAAUCGUUCCUUGUCUUCAGCAUCAGCAUCAUCGUCAUCGUCAGCCUUGUCUUCCUUUGAUAGUAAUCAAACAUUAGUGGAAAGAAAUGUGGUUAGUGCGGCUGGUGCAGCCACAAUUGUUGAACAGUUAGUGGCGCCUUUUGAUGGCGCCAUUAUUGAUGGUAAUAUAGAAUCCAUAUCAGUGCCAGCCACUUCGGAAAUUCGACAACAAUUAAAUGAAACUUUGAAAUAUUUAGCCGAAAAUGACAAAACGGUGACAUCUCUUGAAAGUAAAAAUUCCUUAAUGUUAAAUCGAUUACCUCCGCUGAACAGUAGUAUCACAACUACGACCACUUUGAAACCAUUAAAUUCCAGCUCAAAUGCAACAGUAACUUCAACUCCAUUGCCAACAUCAUCAAAUUUAACAUUAAAUGCUACGGCAACUUCAUCAUCAUUAGUGGCAACUACUAAAAGCUUUUUAAAUAAUUCUUUAAAUUCUUCAACAACAUCAUCAAAUGCUGCCGUAUCCACUUUGUCAUCGACAACAACAGCAGUUCCAGCAUUACCUGCUGCUUCUGCUUCAACAGCGACAAGUACCCUAACAGUAACUACAACAAUAACUCCUGCAUUAACGGCUGCUUUAACUACAGCAGCAAAUCAAUUAAGCAUUGAAGAUCAUAAUCCCGGCAUGAUUGAUUUCGAAAAACGUAAUUAUGUUAAAGAGGUAUGUUUCAUAUUUUAUUUACACUUGAACAACAAUACAAAUAACAGAUAAGUAUUAACGUUUUUG